GCCCGUAGCCAGGAGGGGUGUUCGGCCUUUUCUUUAUCCUCUUUCACUGAAAUGAGCACAAUUUUUACAGAAUUCAAUAACCCACUUAUUCUCCUGCCCGUAGCGGAACGUUUGUGAGGCGGAACCAAUAUGUUGUAUGGCGUUGACAGCCGGAGGACUGUUUUGAUAAAGGAUCACUAAUUCUCUGUGAAGGGUUGGUCGGGACAGUUCCGGGACGCAGCUCUCAGGUUUUCGUCUUCAUUUUCGGAUAUGCACCGACAGAAUUUUCGACCCCCGACUCCUCCUUACCCCGGGCCGGGUGCAGGAGGUUGGGGUAGCGGGAGCAGCUUCCGGGGCACCUCGGGCGGAGGCGGACCACGGCCGCCCUCCCCUCGGGACGGGUACGGGAGUCCUCAUCACACGCCGUCGUACGGGCCCCUCUGUAGGCCCUACGGGAGCAGCCAUUCUCCACGACACGGCGGCAGCUUCCCCGGGGGCCGGUUCGGGUCUCCGUCCCCUGGCGGUUACCCUGGCUCCUACUCCAGGUCCCCCGCGGGGUCCCAGCAGCAAUUCGGCUACUCCCCAGGGCAGCAGCACACCCACCCCCAGGGUUCUCCAAGGACAUCUACACCUUUUGGAUCAGGGCGUGGUAGAGAAAAAAGAAUGUCUAAUGAGUUGGAAAGUUAUUUCAAGCCUUCAAUGCUUGAAGAUCCUUGGGCUGGCCUAGAACCAGUAUCUGUAGUGGAUAUAAGCCAACAGUACAGCAGUACUCAAACAUUCACAGGCAAAAAAGGAAGAUACUUUUGUUAACGUUUCUGAAAUUCAACUGGAAACUUCAUGUGUCAGGAAUACCUUGGACAAAAUUUUCACUUGUGUACUUAAGUUGAACCCUGACAUGGGUCGUCUUGGUAUUUUUCAUCAUAUUAUAUAUCGGUAUUAGGGAAGACAUAUGAUAGGAUAAUAUGCAAUAUUUAGCUCUCCAAAAGUGCCUACCACAUUUUAGAAGAUUUACAGUUUCCAAAUACUUAACAUUCUUGGUUAUAUAAAUGGACAUUUGGCUUUUAAUGUUUUAAAAUAAAACAUUUUGUCUAGUUAUAUUGUGGUUUUGUCAUAUGCUAAAGGAGUAGAAUUAUUAAAAUAAUGCUUUAUAAUCAGAAUUCAUCAUUAAAUAUUUGCUUACUACAGCUUUUGAAAAUAAAAUAGAUAAACCAUCUUUUGAACUGUAGACAGUUCUGUAUUUGUUUAUAAUAGGGAAGGAGGAGUAAAGGAAGAGAAUAAAAAAGAUUUCUGUUCCUUAUAACCAUUGUUUUAUGUGCCUAUUUUAUGUGAUGCUUUUGUGAAAAUGCAUUGAAAUUUGAUUGGAAGUUACAGAAACUCACUUAAGCUUAAAUAAAAAAGUUUUUUUAUACUAACUUUACUGGGAAAGACAAAGACCUACCUGUUUCUUGCAUAACUAGUUCAAAGCUAUUUUGUCUGAAUUUCUCUGUAUUUUUCAGUAUUGUGGAGUCAUUUUCUCUUGAGGCCAAAGAAGAUGGCUAGCAGCAGUUUCAUAUCACUUCCAUUGUGAAGAGGAUAUUUUCCAACUCUGUCAAUCCCAGAGCACACAGAUUGGCCAUGCUUACUUAGAUUGUUUUUGUGUAGUCCUGAUCCAAUAACUGACCAAGGUAGUGAGUUGAGGCCUAAUUAGUUUGAACAAUGGACCCACCCCUACGAUGAGACUCUAGGCCCACCUGGAUUAGAGAAGUGGUUU